GGCUGGGCGAGCGGGGAGCGGCGGCCGGCGGGGCUUGUAAGUUUUGCCACUUUCCUGCAAUGGAUAAAAGAUAACUGAAUGUUUCAAUUAACGUUCAGGUAGCUUGCUUCUGAAGUUUCUUUUUGACUAAGACACCAGCAGGCAAUUCCUCCAGGAGCAGAUACUGUAUAUUAAUGGGCAGCAGGUUUCUAUUGAAGAACAUCCAGUUUGUCAUAGAUCUGGAUAGGAAUUAAGACUUGGUUUUGAAGUGCUUGAGCAACUUGCCACUGCCCAAGUCAUGACACUCCCAUUUCGAAAGGACUUGGACAAGUACAAAGAUCUCGAUGAGGAUGAAAUUCUUGGCAAGCUUUCGGAAGAAGAGCUGAAACAACUGGAAACUGUUUUGGAUGAUCUUGACCCCGAGAAUGCGCUGCUGCCCGCAGGCUUCCGGCAGAAGGACCAGACUGCCAAGAAGGCCUCGGCUCCCUUCGACAGGGAGCGGCUCCUGGCGUACCUGGAGAAGCAGGCCCUGGAGUACAAGGACAGGGAGGACUAUGUGCCUUUCACAAGGGAAAAGAAAGGGAAAAUAUUUAUCCCCAAGCAAAAGCCUGUGCAGUCUUUCACAGAAGAAAAAUUCUCUCUUGAUCCAGAACUGGAGGAAGCCCUGACCAGUGCCACAGACACAGAACUGGGUGACCUUGCAGCAAUACUGGGAAUGUCCAACUUGAUAACAAACAAUCAGUUCUGUGAUGUAGUAGGAAGCAGUAAUGGGAUUGACAAAGACAGCUUCUCAAAUAUAGUAAAAGGUGAAAAAAUGUUGCCUGUUUUUGAUGAACCACCAAAUCCUACAAAUGUGGAGGAGACACUGCAAAGGAUUAAAGAUAAUGAUUCUCGUCUUGUUGAAGUUAAUCUAAAUAACAUUAAGAACAUACCAAUUCCAACGCUGAAAGAAUUUGCAAAAGCCUUAGAAACCAACACACAUGUGAAGAAUUUCAGCCUGGCAGCCACCCGAAGCAAUGAUCCUGUUGCUGUUGCUCUUGCAGAUAUGCUGAGACGAAACACAAAAUUAAAAAGUUUGAACAUAGAAUCAAACUUCAUCACUGGAGUUGGAAUUCUGGCAUUGGUUGAUGCACUGAAAGACAAUGAAACGUUGACAGAGAUCAAAAUUGAUAAUCAGAGGCAGCAGCUGGGCACAGCUGCAGAAGUAGAAAUUGCCAAGAUGCUUGAAGAAAACAACAAGAUCCUCAAGUUUGGAUACCAUUUCACACAACAGGGGCCUCGAGCCAGGGCAGCUGCAGCUAUCACAAAAAACAAUGAUUUGGUCUGGAGUAUGCGAGUAAAAGUUUCUGCAAAUACCUUUUCAUCUGUCCAGCCCUGAAGCUACAGAGAAGGUUACUCUGAGUACCCACUUGGGUAUUGAGCACUGAAACCAAGAUGUUUGAAGUCUCUCAUUUCUCUCUUUGUAUGUUCCUUCUAAAAAAAAGUCUAUGUCUUUUUCCUUGCUCACACUGUGUUGUAUCACUUCUCUGUUCUUUGUGUACUUUUAACUGCAUGAUUGGAGAAGUCUAGGGCUGGAAAUUCAUUUCAUCUGUUCUUGCAGUUUGAUGAAAGCAGGUAUGAAUAACUUUUGCCACCUAGUUUCCAUUGAGUGAAUUUAAGAGCACAUUCACUUUCUUCUUGUAUAGAUGUGCUUGCUUCACUUUUUUAAACAAAAUUGAGAUGUCCUUUGCAUUUUGUGCUUUAUGUGUCCUAUAAGACCUUUAGUGCCAUUUGCUUUGUCUGCACAGAAAAGGAGAACAUAAUUUGAUAGUGUGAAAACAUCAAAAAUAAUAAUAUUGAGGAAAACUCCAGUCAUUCAAUCAAUAGUGCAUAGUCUCAUAUCUUAAUAAAGUGAGCUUUUAGUUAUUUUAAUCACAAAUAUUUGUUGCUCUUGCAUUUUCUGAGAAUUGAUUGUUUCUAUUAAUAAAUGGAAGGUGUUAGGCUGUUGAUUGUAAUAUCUGUGUGUAUAAAUUGUGUUAGCUAUAGCGUGAAGCUUUUGUAGUGUUUCUUUUGAAGCCAUGUAAAUUAAAUUCACCUCUAAAAACUGCAAAAACUGUAAAAAAAAGAAUCCUGGCUAAAUCUGCUUAUCAGACAUAAGAUGAUUAAUGUUUCCCACAAGUCCUUCCUUGGAAAUAUUUGCAACUGUUUGUGAAUAAGGCAAUAAGCUCUGCUUAUUUGCUUAAAUUGCUGUCUAAUGCUAAGUGUUAGCUAACUUAAUUUAUGGUACUUCAUGUGACAAAGUAACUGUUCAUGUUACAGAAACACAAAAGCCAGUUAAAAUGCUAACAUAGCAAACCUUCUCUUUCUUGUCUCCCUGCUGCAGUUCGGAAGAGAAGGGUUGAAGGGGACAAUUAGCAAAGCUGCUGCCAGAACUGUGGAGUCAGCACGGGCAGCGCCGUGGGCUUCAGCAGCCUUGGACUACACUGACCUGGUUAGAAGGGAAAAGACUGGAAACCCCCUUCCUUUUAAAGCAAAGAAUAGAAUCACCUGCUGGUAUGCAGCACAGUUUUGGGAUGGAUGGAGACACAGCAACUGUGCCAGUCUCUGUACCAUAGGUUUUGAUGGGGUUUUUUUUAAGAACUUUUUUUGUAUUUCAAGACUUUGGCUGUGCUUUCUACUAAAAAUGUAAUUGCAAAUCAAUGGUAUAAUUGUAUGUAGUCAAAGAAUGGGACUUUUAAGAUGAUUGGGCAGAUACUGACCCAGCUGAAAUGUUUUAAGAAAAUCUGGGGGUGUGUAUUUACCAGGAAGGGUGUGUUGUGUAUAUUCCUGACAACAAUGCUCUAGAGAAAAGGGAUUCUUCACCCAGCAGCUGCACUCGUGUAGAGCUGUUCAGCUUUGUUCAUCUGCACUGAAGAGAAAUCUUUUACAGCAAUGUUAUUUGUAAUUCUACUAGUUUGUUUUUUAUUUGUUCUUGAUACUGUAAUCAAGUUCAAAGACAUCCUUUCAAGCCAAACAAAAAUACAUUGGCUAAGGACUUCUCCCAAGGAAUUAGAGGGACUAAUAGAAAAAUGGAAGCCUUGGAAAACAAGGAAAAAAUUCUGGAGUCUUGCAAAAUGACAAUUUUUCUGUUACAUCUAAAUCCUUAAAGUCUUUUUCUAAAGGUCCCAUAACUGUAUCUUGCUCUGUAUCUAAACUGAAAACAUUUUUAGACUGAUUUCAUGUGUUCAUCAGCAUUAUUUAGUUUAUAUUCUUUGUUUAAAAAUUGUUAUCUGCAUUCAUAAGUAUCAAUUUCUCUAGAAGUAGUGGACAUUCAUAUUUAAAAUUCUGCAUAACUAUACAGGAAAAGCAGCCUUAACUGUAAGACCACUGGCCUAAGUUACAUUACAUUAAGCUAUUUGUACUUCAUACAAAUCCAACAGUUUUCAAUAAUGAAGUAACACUUUUAAGAAAUGGUUUUUCCAUUCUAUAUCUGUCUUGAUGUUGAAACACUACCUAAGACAUGCAAAACCAAACCAAUAUGUUGUGUCAAAUCUCUAGGGCGUAGUCAUUGUUGAAGUGUUUAAAGUUCUGUAAGCAAACUAAUAAGGCAACAAGAAUCACUUCAACUUCUGUACAUAAUCACAGUACACUUGAAAUAUGCAAAUCUAGAAACUUUGGGGUGUAGGUCUGUUUGGACUGUCUUGUGCUAGUUUGCUUUGAGUUCACAAAAAUGUUCUACAGGACUGCUUGGCUGUAUUUAUAGCAACAGAGAAUUCAACUGACAACUGUUUUCAUCCAAAGAGCAUAAUGUGGUGAGCAUUUAUGUAUAGAAAACAUUGGACUGAGAAUUUUGCAUCAGGUUGUAUAUACUGUAAAAACAGAGCAAGUCUCUGACACUGUGCCCACACUGUAAUUUGCUGCAAGUCUUGGUUUGGAUCUUUAAAGACAGACUUUAUUCUGGAGGUUUUACUGCAACUGUACAGAGAAUUUUGAACUAUAGUGCCUUCAGUGAGGAUGUAUAUAACUGGUUUAUACUCAUGGAAGAACUUUUUUUCCCCCUACUUCUAGAUAAGUGUUUUAUUAGAAUUACAAAUAAAUAAUGUGCUCUGAAAACCAAGGUGGAAUUAGUUCAGUUAAAACCAAAGACUACAUUUACUGUAACCUCACAACAACACCUGAAGUGUUCUGGUGAAUAACAAAAAGGGCUUCUUUUGGUUUGGGCUUUUCAAGAACUUUUUAGAUUUUGAAAUAAACUUUGAAAUAGUUCUAAUACAAUAUGCAUACAAUCAGAAGUUAAGUGUAUUGUUACAGACAGACACUGCUGUACAAAGAUGGCCAAAGCAUCUCAUGUGCUGAGUUGCCUAAAGCUGCACUUUACUUUUGAUUUGCUAGGCACCAUUAUCAUUUUGUGUCAAAAAACAGGCUGUAAUGUCUUCCUUCAUUUGUUGAAGGGCUGCAUAUUCACAGAAUCUGUUCAUGUAUUGGAAUUCUAUGAUGAGUUGUUAUAUCACUACCUAAAAAGAUUAGGCAGUUAUCUCCUAAUUGAAAAUGAAGGAGAAAACUGAAAGGCUGGAUUAUGGAAAUAAUAGCCCAAAUCCCUUUCCUGCUUUUACUUAAUCAAGUUUGGCUGUUUAAUUAUUUAUAUUCCAAUCAAAGCCAGAGCCAUUUAAGUUUCAGCUCUCAAUUUUCCUGUCACAAAUGAUAGUUAAAUGGUUUAACUCCGUAGACAACAACUAAAAAUUUGACUGCUUGUGACUUUCCGGACAGAUACCUGACAGGCUGGGCAUGGAAAACAAAUUUUUUCAAUCAGAAGGGUCUAAUUAUCCACAUUGUUGCAAGACCCUUGGUGUGGUGCAUGGAACAGUAAACAGCAAUCACUUUUGUGCCCUGCAGUGUGUAUCCUUUUUGGAAUAAAUGAAGAAAUUCAGUCUGUAGCCGGGAAUCUUCAACAGUCUCAAGAAACAAAGUGAGCACUGAUGUAAUGCCAUCGAGUGAGAUCCUGUGUAUGAUUUCACUGAUUGUGAGUGCAGGGAGGGCAUUACUGUGGUAGCCAGUUACCAUAAACACAAGGGCUUUUUCUGAAAGAGAUACUGUUUUCUGUUUUCUUACUGAUUGUUUUUCCUGCUUAAUGCAGAAAUCAAAUGACCGCAUAUGUUGAUUCUGUUGGUUCCAAGCUAAGCAUGGAAACAUAAUAUUUCAGAGCAAUUACCUAUUUACUCUUGUAUUUUAAAGAAAUAGCCUCACUCUCUCUGCAACUUGAGUAAUCCUGCGUUUGUAAGCUACAAACGAGCAAGUGUUCCAUUUAAAUUUCCAUUGGGGAAGCAGGUAUUGAGUAUUUUAGCAUAUCAGCACUAUAUGCUGUCAGAUUGUAAAACAGUUACUAAUUUUUGGAUUAUUAAAGUACUGUAUUCUUGUUGUGG